GGACUUGAUAAAAAACUUCGAGAAAAUCUCAGAGACUCCAGAAACAGUUUAUUUACAACAGACAUACCAUCAGGACAGAUAAGCUUCCAUCGGCCUGUUCUUGUAAUAUUGGAUCGUAACAUGGAUCUUUGUACCCCUCUUCAUCAUACAUGGACGUAUCAGGCCUUAGCGCAUGAUGUUUUGGACCUGCAUUUAAAUCGAGUGACGGUAAGAGAGACACCACCAACUGUCAAUGAAGAGCACCCAGAUGCCCACCACAGGCAUCCCAAACAAGUUAAAGUCAAGACCUACGAUCUUCAUACAACAGACAAAUUUUGGGCUACACAUAAGGGCAGUCCGUUUCCAACAGUUGCUGAAUCCAUACAGAAGGAAUUGGAUGAAUACAGACAAUCAGAGGAAGAAGUGAAGAGAUUAAAGCAUGUUAUGGGAAUGGAUAACAGUAAUGAAGAAGCCAUGACAGAGUUACUAAACGACAGCACGGCAAAGCUUACCUCUGCCGUAAGUUCCCUACCAGAACUCCUGGAAAAAAAGAAAGUAAUUGACAUGCACACAAAUAUUGCUACAGCUCUUCUGGAUCAAAUCAAAACCAGGAAGCUAGAUAUUUACUUUGAAACCGAAGAAAAAAUUAUGAGCAAAACUACAUUGGAUAAAUCUAUUUUGGAGAUUAUACAAGACCCUGAUGCUGGCUCCGCAGAAGAUAAGCUACGAUUAUUUAUUAUCUAUUUUGUAUCUGGUCCUAACAUGUCACCUGCUGAGUUUGACCAGUAUGCAUCAGCCCUUAUUGCUGUUGGUGUUGAUUCUGCUGCACUCAGUUACAUCAAGAAAUGGAAAGCCUUCACAAAGAUCACCACGGCACCAGUACAGUCAGGCGGUGGGGGACAAAACACAUACAGUGCCAUGUUUUCUCGUAUCAUGAGCUCAGGAUCUCAGUUUGUCAUGGAAGGUGUCAAGAAUCUUGUAGUGGGCAACAAGAAUUUACCUGUGACACGAAUGCUGGAUGCUUUGAUGGACAACAAAUCCAAUCCGGAAGUAGAGGAUUUUCGGUAUUUUGACCCCAAAAUGUUACGCGUCACUGACAGUAUGUCAAUCCCAAGGAAUAAAACACCGUUCCAGGAGGCCAUCGUGUUUAUGGUCGGUGGAGGCAAUUUUAUUGAAUACCAAAACCUUAUGGAUUAUUCAAAGAGAAAUUCGGGCACAAAGAAGAUUAUUUACGGCGCCAGUGAGGUUAUCAAUGCAACACAGUUUUUAAAACAGCUCACGCGCCUUGGCCAGGAAGCUUCAUGAAAGAUUGUAAUUAAACGGUACGGGAGAAAAUUUAAAAUGGUAGCUACAUGCCGUUAUAUUAAGACAUUAUUUACCGAUUGGGGGUGGAGAGAAUACUAGUUAUAAGAAGGCCAUCUCUAGCCCGUCUUUCCAUUGAAAAUUUAAACAUUUUGAAAUUCUUUUUCGAGAGGAAAGUGGGCCAAAAAAAGUUUCAAAAUGGAAAAAUUCAUCUAAGAAUAAAUAAGCUUUACCGCCUCCACGAACUUAGUAUCUGAAAAAACUCUAGCACAAAGCUUUUGAUCCUAUAAGUCUUAUUCUACAGCAGUAUGAAUGAACAAGGAAUAGCUCCAAUGAUUGGUUUCCCAAUCAUUCUCUUAGUUACUGUGGGUUUCCAAAAACUCCGUGAUUUCAGAAGAGUUACUUACUAAAUCUUAAAGAGAAAUAAACGAAAUAAAAUGAAAAAAAUUUCAAAAUUGAACAAUAAAAUACGUAUAUCAGUCUGAA